GGCGGAUUUUUUCGCUUCCCAAAACCGGUUAUCUAAAAUACCUUUCAGACACUGCCUUUCAAGAUCUCCUCCUGUCUUAUAUAUAUACCUCCAUAUCUAAAUGCUUCUCUUCACUUCCAUUCCCAAUCUCAGAACCCUUCUGUAUAUUGCAUACAGAUAAGCUAACAUACCCUUUACAAAGUCACCAUUGGAGAGUAAAAGAACGUAAGUGACGACUCUCAUCACAGAGAGAGACAGAAAGAUGGCAACUGAUAAGGUGGUGGAGACUGUGAUCGUAGGGAAUUAUGUGGAGAUGGAAACUGAAGGGAAGUCUAAGAACAUGAAAACGAGGCUAUCUAAGUUUUUGUGGCAUGGUGGUUCUGUUUAUGAUGCUUGGUUUAGCUGUGCUUCUAAUCAGGUGGCUCAAGUAUUGCUUACUUUGCCAUACUCGUUUUCCCAGCUAGGAAUGCUAUCCGGCAUACUCUUUCAGCUCUUCUAUGGGCUGUUGGGUAGCUGGACAGCUUAUCUCAUUAGCGUACUUUAUGUAGAAUACAGAACCAGAAAAGAAAGAGAAAAAGUUGAUUUCAGGAACCAUGUCAUCCAGUGGUUUGAAGUUCUUGAUGGGCUCCUCGGGAAACACUGGAGGAAUGUGGGUUUGGCAUUUAACUGCACUUUUCUUCUGUUUGGAUCAGUCAUUCAACUUAUAGCUUGUGCAAGCAACAUAUAUUACAUAAACGAUAAUCUGGACAAGAGAACUUGGACUUACAUCUUCGGGGCUUGUUGCGCCACCACUGUGUUUAUUCCUUCAUUUCACAAUUACAGAAUCUGGUCAUUUCUUGGCCUCCUCAUGACCACUUACACUGCUUGGUACCUCACCAUUGCCUCCCUCCUCCAUGGCCAGGUUGAAGGGGUGAAGCAUUCGGGUCCAACAAAAAUAGUGCUAUACUUCACUGGGGCCACAAACAUUCUCUAUACAUUUGGGGGACAUGCUGUUACUGUGGAAAUCAUGCACGCAAUGUGGAAGCCUCAGAAAUUCAAGGCCAUAUACUUACUGGCAACCCUGUAUGUGCUGACCCUGACGCUUCCCUCUGCAGCAGCAGUCUAUUGGGCAUUUGGAGACAUGCUUCUUAAUCACUCCAAUGCUUUUUCUCUCCUCCCAAGAUCUCCUUUCAGAGACAUGGCUGUCAUUUUAAUGCUCAUCCACCAGUUUAUAACAUUUGGGUUUGCAUGCACCCCUCUGUACUUUGUGUGGGAGAAAGCAAUAGGGAUGCAUGAAUGCAAGAGCUUAUGCAAGAGGGCUGCAGCCAGAUUGCCUGUGGUCAUUCCUAUUUGGUUUUUAGCUAUCAUCUUCCCAUUUUUUGGACCCAUCAACUCAACGGUUGGAUCUCUCCUUGUUAGCUUCACCGUAUACAUCAUCCCUGCCCUGGCACACAUCUUCACCUUCAAAUCAGCCGCUGCAAGAGAGAAUGCAGUGGAGCAGCCACCAAAGUACGUGGGGAGAUGGGUAGGGACGUACGUGAUAAAUAUGUUUAUAGUGGUGUGGGUACUGAUUGUUGGGUUUGGAUUUGGUGGAUGGGCGAGCAUGACAAACUUCAUACACCAGAUUGACACAUUUGGUCUUUUCACAAAAUGUUACCAGUGCCCGCCACCUCUGCCCAACAAUCUAAAUGCCACCGCCACAGCUCCUCCUCCCGUCCACCACCCCAGCAACCAUACUCACCACCUUUGAUUUCUGCCGCGCACGCCAAAACCAAGAUUGCUAACUGAUUACAGAGUUCUUCCAAGGCGCAUGAAAUCAUAGUCCCUAGUCUGAAAACCCAAUCAUGAUUGACGGUCACCACAUUUGGCACCCUUGAUUGCUAGAACAUGGAGACAAUUAUGUACUCAUUGACAUACAUACUCCACCUUUUUAUGUAUCUUCAUGUCUCUUAUUAAGCUUAGAAAGUUGUGUGAAUUUUAUUUAUGAGAAAAAAAAAAAGAAUGUAAGGAAUAUUUAUAUUUGUAGUUUUUCUAUGA